GGUGAUCCAGAAGAGAAAGUACAGCAACAGAGUUAAACUUUCACACUCUGAUUCCAGAUUUAUCUUCAGGAGACCCUCUGACAAGAUGAAUCAGCUUUCAUCAGUGGAAGCUGUUCUGAAGAACACAGCUGAAGCUGUUCUCAUUCCACUGAAAGGUGGGGUCUCCUCCCUGAAUGAAGUCUAUAAGGCUCUUAUUGAGGCACAUGUAGAUCCUGUAACUGGGAAAUGCUCCAACUACGACUACAUCAGAAAGCAGAUAGUACAGGCUCAUCAGCUCAUGAAGCAGUCAGAACAGGAAGCCAGUUCAGGGUUAAAGAGUCUGGAUGAAAACUUAGAGCGGCUGAUACAAGAGGAGGGGAAACUCAAGCAGGAGAUAAAUGACACAAAUCUAACCUUAGACAACUUGAAACAAAAGAAGCAAUCAAAUGAAAAUUUACUCAGAGCAGUUCAGGGAGCUCUGGAUCAGACCAGGAGAAAUCUGAAUUCAGCAAUAAACACACUUCAGGCUCAGAAGAAAAGGAAACAGGAUGCUGCAAUUGUCACAGGUGUUGGGGCAGGAGUGUUGUUUAUACCUUUCAUUGGAUUGAUUGCAGGUCCUGCCAUGAUGAUUGGUGGUGGAGUUGAACUGGAUCAAGCAAACAAAUCUGUCCAAGUGGCUCAAGAGGAGGUGAGAAAGUCUGAGAAUGAUGUGAGAAACUAUGAACUUAAAGUAUCUCACUACGCAUCUAUGAUUUCUCAGACCGAACGUGACAUCAGUCAGAAAAAUGUCCAGCUAAAUCAGAUAGGUGAAGGAAUCGAGAAAGUGAAGAAGCAGAGUCAGUCUGUAGCUAAGUUCCAACAGAAUUUGAGAGGAGCUGUCAAUCUUCUGGGUGUCCUCAGUGGGAGGGUCAGUGUGGCUGAAGGUCUGACUCGCAGAUCCAUCCUCCAGGAGCCUGUGAUGAAGGUGAUGGAGGAUGUGAUGAAGGCCAUAGAGCAGAUUACAGGGAAUGAGCUCCUCUAUCGCAAUGACCUGCCAAGACUCAUCAAUCAGAUGAAGGAGAACAACCAACGUCUGGCAGCCAUCUGUACCUAAGAGAACAGCUCAAUAUCACAAUAACAUGCUGUUUCUUUUGUUUUGAACAGAGUUACACAGAAAAAUAAAUAUUCUGUAGCACUUCAGAUUUUGUUCAAAUAAGAAUAAAGUACUAAAAAAAUUUUAGAUUCUAUGUCAUUCAAGAGCAUUAAAAACCACUAAACAUGAACAUAAAUAAAAAGCAGUAAAUGGAUGUUGUAGUAAAUGAAUGUUGCAGUAAAUAACAACCAAUGAAUCUGUGAGCUAGAAGUGAUAUAAACCCUGUGACAAGGUUAUCAUUUUGCAUGCUGAUUUUUUUCUGUCCUGUUUUUUUUUUUUUAAGUGGAAAACAAUGUUACAUGUAAUAACUUCAGUACUUUCAUACAAUCUGUUUAAAUAUUGAAAUAAAAAUGACUAUAACAAA